UUUGUAUGCGAUGCAAACAGGGAUGAAGAUUGAUAGUAAAAGCCCAGAAUGCCGUAAAUUUUUGUCCAAACUUAUGGAUCAGUUGGAAGCUAUGAAAAAGCAAUUUGGUGAAAAUGAAGCAAUUACUCAGGAAAUUGUUGGUUCUGCUCAUGUGGAGAAUUAUGCCUUGAAAAUGUUUUUGUAUGCAGACAAUGAAGACAGAGCUGGGCAGUUUCAUAAAAACAUGAUAAAGUCCUUUUAUACUGCAAGUCUCCUGAUAGACGUUCUAACAGUGUUUGGGGAGCUCUCUGAAGAGAACGCCCAGCACAGGAAGUAUGCCAGGUGGAAGGCAGCGUACAUCCAUAACUGCUUGAAGAACGGAGAGAUUCCUCAGCCUGGGCCUAUUGGAAUGGAAGGAGAGAGCUUUGAUGCUGAAAGGGAAGAAGCAGGGUCAUCUUCUCUCCAUAGUGGAACAACUCAACCAACAUCAUCAUCUACGUAUGAAGCUAACAACAUACCAACUAGUAAUUAUACUGGCAUACAUAUACCACCAGGUGCCCAUGCACCAGCCAACACUCCAGCUGAAGUACCGCAUAACACAGCAGUGACAAGUAACACCAUUCAGCCUGCUCCUCAAAAUAUUCCUCUAGUUGAUCCUUCCCUCUACAGUGCUCAGUCUGCAGGGGAAGUCCGUUUGACUCCAGAGGACUUUGCCAGAGCUCAAAAAUACUGCAAAUAUGCUGGCAGUGCUUUGCAAUAUGAAGAUGUGAGCACUGCUGUGCAGAAUCUACAGAAGGCCCUCAAGUUACUGAUUACAGGCAGAGAAUGAAGCCUUUAUCCAACAGAUUCGUGUCCUUUGCCUAAUGAACUGACAGCUUAUUACUGUACCUGUUAAGGGAGUGGAGUUAUACAGAAUUUCUCAAUCCCAUCACCCAUGACAAUGAAAUUGCUGUUUCAGUGUCAGACUAGCAAUUAAUGGUACUGUAGGAAUCUCUGUUUUCAUUUUACACACAAACAGUGGAGCUAGAAACAUAUGAAUGCAGUGGCUUGAUGUAAGCAAAAUACUGAAGAAAAUACUGUCAGCACUGCU